GGGUCCGGCGGUGGCGCCGGCGCGGGGACAGGCGGAGGCGCGGGACGUGGGGCGGCGCCGCGGGCACGGCCGGGCGGACGGGCGCUGGCAGCAGGGGCAGCGCCGCGGGCCCCUCGGAGUGGCCGCAGUCCUGGUCUUGGCCCUCCCAUCCUGCCUGGCCGCGGCUGGUGUGAGUGGCAGGAGCCACCUGUGGGCACCAUGGCGAAAAGGGAGGACAGCCCUGGCCCGGAGGUCCAGCCGAUGGACAAGCAGUUCCUGGUGUGCAGCAUCUGCCUGGAUCGGUACCGGUGCCCCAAGGUCCUGCCUUGUCUGCACACCUUCUGUGAAAGAUGCCUCCAGAACUACAUCCCUGCCCAGAGCCUGACACUGUCCUGUCCGGUGUGCCGGCAGACGUCCAUCCUUCCUGAGCAGGGCGUCUCCGCACUGCAGAACAACUUCUUCAUCAGCAGCCUCAUGGAGGCCAUGCAGCAGGCACCUGAUGGGGCCCACGACCCCGAGGACCCCCACCCCCUCAGCGCAGUGGCUGGCCGCCCCCUCUCCUGCCCCAACCAUGAAGGCAAGACGAUGGAGUUUUACUGUGAGGCCUGUGAGACGGCCAUGUGCGGGGAGUGCCGAGCUGGCGAGCACCGGGAGCAUGGCACGGUGCUGCUGCGCGACGUGGUGGAGCAGCACAAGGCGGCCCUGCAGCGCCAGCUCGAGGCGGUGCGCGGCCGACUGCCGCAGCUGUCCGCAGCUAUCGCCUUAGUCGGGGGCAUCAGCCAGCAGCUGCAGGAGCGCAAGGCAGAGGCCCUGGCCCAGAUCAGCUCAGCCUUCGAGGACCUGGAGCAAGCGUUGCAGCAGCGCAAGCAGGCUCUGGUCAGCGACCUGGAGGCCAUCUGUGGGGCCAAGCAGAAGUACAAGUUCAUCAGGAAUCACAAGAAACACCCCCUCCCUAGCCUUCCCCCCAACACACCAGUCUGCUCACCCAGACCUCUCGGAACCCCUCCUCAGGUGUUGCAGACCCAGCUAGACACACUGCGUCAGGGUCAGGAACACAUCGGCAGUAGCUGCAGCUUCGCAGAGCAGGCACUGCGCCUGGGCUCGGCCCCGGAGGUGCUGCUGGUGCGCAAGCACAUGCGAGAGCGGCUGGCGGCUUUGGCGUCACAGGCCUUUCCGGAGCGGCCCCAUGAGAACGCACAGCUGGAACUAGUCCUCGAGGUCGACGGGCUGCGGAGAUCGGUGCUCAAUCUGGGCGCACUGCUCACUACCAGUGCCACUGCACACGAGACAGUAGCCACGGGCGAGGGCUUGCGCCAGGCGCUGGUGGGCCAGCCCGCCUCGCUCACCGUCACUACCAAAGACAAGGAUGGGCGGCUGGUGCGCACAGGCAGCGCUGAGCUGCGUGCGGAGAUCACGGGCCCGGAUGGCACGCGCCUGCCGGUUCCCGUGGUGGACCACAAGAAUGGCACGUACGAGCUGGUGUACACGGCGCGUACGGAAGGCGAGCUGCUCCUCUCGGUGCUGCUCUACGGACAGCCGGUGCGCGGUAGUCCCUUCCGCGUGCGUGCCCUGCGCCCUGGGGACCUGCCACCUUCCCCGGAUGACGUCAAGCGCCGCGUCAAGUCUCCUGGCGGCCCGGGCAGCCACGUGCGCCAGAAGGCUGUGCGAAGGCCCAGCUCCAUGUACAGCACGGGCGGCAAACGGAAGGACAACCCCAUCGAGGAUGAGCUAGUCUUCCGAGUUGGGAGUCGUGGAAGGGAGAAGGGUGAAUUCACCAAUUUACAGGGUGUGUCCGCAGCCAGCAGCGGCCGCAUAGUGGUAGCAGACAGCAACAACCAAUGUAUCCAGGUUUUCUCCAAUGAAGGCCAGUUCAAGUUCCGCUUCGGGGUCCGAGGGCGCUCGCCUGGGCAGCUGCAGCGCCCCACGGGUGUGGCCGUGGACACCAAUGGAGACAUUAUCGUGGCAGACUAUGACAACCGUUGGGUCAGCAUCUUCUCCCCUGAGGGCAAGUUCAAGACCAAGAUAGGAGCUGGCCGCCUCAUGGGUCCCAAGGGAGUGGCUGUAGACCGGAACGGACAUAUCAUUGUGGUUGACAACAAGUCCUGCUGCGUCUUCACCUUCCAGCCCAAUGGCAAGCUGGUGGGCCGUUUUGGGGGCCGCGGGGCCACUGACCGCCACUUUGCAGGGCCCCAUUUUGUGGCUGUGAACAACAAGAAUGAGAUUGUAGUGACGGAUUUCCAUAACCAUUCAGUGAAGGUGUACAGUGCCGAUGGGGAGUUCCUCUUCAAGUUUGGCUCCCAUGGUGAGGGCAAUGGGCAGUUCAACGCUCCCACGGGGGUAGCCGUGGACUCCAAUGGGAAUAUCAUCGUGGCCGACUGGGGCAACAGCCGCAUCCAGGUAUUUGACAGCUCUGGCUCCUUCCUGUCCUAUAUCAACACAUCUGCAGAGCCACUCUAUGGCCCCCAGGGCCUGGCACUGACCUCGGAUGGCCAUGUGGUGGUGGCCGACGCUGGCAACCACUGCUUUAAGGCCUAUCGCUACCUCCAGUAGCUGCACAGGGGGCCUGCCUGGCUCAUGGAGGGACGGACAUAGGGGUGAUUGGACAAGAUGGUCUGGCCGGGAGGUGGUCCAGACCUGGCAGCACUGAAUGUGGGCUGCGGGCGUGGGUGUGCCCGGUGCCCUCCCUCUCCCCACUCCCAACCCCCCACGGUUGCACUUUAUUUAUUCGGUUCUUGCUUUGGUGACUGGGUGGGCCUGGACCAUGGUCCCAAGGAUAUGUGCAGAGCUUCACCCUCCCCUCCCCACCUUACACACCUCCCCGUCUCCUCAGUCUGCUCCCCACCCCCCAGCCUGGGGCCAGAACAGCCUCUUACUCCAGGGCGAAAGUCCCUCUGGUUGUCUCCCUACCACCCUAUACACACUGACAGAGGCAGCAAUACCCCACCCCCCAUAUUAAAUAAAUGUGUUCACCAUGAU